UACUGCAUCAAUUCGCCUUGGAUACGUCACUGGCCUUUCUUUCCAACCCGGAAGUGAAUGGGUGCAGUUCUUCCCAUUUGCACGUGUGAGAGCCCACCAUGGGGAAGUCCAAACAAACGAAAAACCACAAUACUGGAAGAAAGAAGCACUCUAAUAAGCUGAUGAAAACGAAGCGCAGGACCAAAGACUUGGAUGAGGUCCAUUCAGACAUGAAGCCUGAAACGGCCACCAAACUACUUAAUCAGGAAGUGGACUAUGAUGUGACAGGAUGUGCACAGCACUACUGUUUACACUGCGCGAGAUAUUUUACAGACAUGAAAUCUUUGAAAGAUCACUUCAAGACCAAAGUCCACAAGAAACGUUUGAGAGAGCUUAGAGAGGAGCCGUACACGCAGGCAGAGGCAGACAGAGCAGCCGGGAUGGGCUCCUACAUCCCCCCAAAAGUUAUAGAGGUGAAGACGCAACCUGUGGAAGAAGACAUGUGCUGAAAAUCUCCCGAUACUUGGAUAUAUGGAUUUACAAAAACUCCAAAGUCAAAAAUGCAUGACUCACUAAACUGUGUUUUUGCAGCCAGCUCUUUCAUAAUAUUAUCAUCAUUAUGAAAGUCCUACAAAGUGUAUCUUAUGUAAAUAUGGAGUGUGUGGAGUGGCAAUAAAGUCUCGAGUUGUAAA